GCUGGGGUGCAACAGGUGUUUUUGUUUACAAAAUUUUGACGCUAAAAAGCGUGAGAAUGGCAAUCGUUUUUCGCAGUGAAAAUUCUCUAUUUCUCAGUCACAAAGAGCUCAUUGACUCCCACUAUCGUGGCAUGUAUGAAAUGAAAAAAGAGUUCUUUGAGAUUAAUCGGCCAUUUGCGCAAAAUAGCGAUAGUGUCAGUGUGAAACGGAAACGCAGGAAAUUGGACAAAGAGGACAGAGAGGAAAAAAGCACGGAGUUAGAGGUGAAAUUGAGGGGAUUUGUUGAGAAAUGCCGUGAAGCUGGGCAUCUUGGGAGAGUGGAUGCCACGGCAAAUGAAGAGGCUAUUGAGGAAGCCAGCAGGGUGCACAAUUUAGCCAUAUCUCAUCCAGUUCUCCACGGGGAGAACAGGAAUCUCCAGUGCAUCACCACGACAAUUGAUGGGCAGGAAUUUCUCAUUCCGCCAGAGUGUCAUUUUUAUCAGAAUGACGUGCGAAAGAUUGAGACUUUUCUGCUGCCUGGGAAUGAGGUGUUUGACCUCAUUGUGAUCGAUCCGCCGUGGUGGAACAAGUACAUUCGACGGGUGAAGAAAGCCAACAAGAAUAUCAGCUACGACAUGCUAUAUAAUGACGAUAUUGCUGAUCUGCCAGUCAGGGGAUUGACCUCGAGUCGUUCUAUCGUGGCAAUUUGGUGCACAAACAACAAGAGUCACCUGGAGGACAUUCUCAACAAGUUCAUUCCCCGCUGGGGCCUAAAGCACCUCACGCAGUGGCUGUGGAUGAAGGUCACGAAGGAGGGCGAACCAAUUUGUGCCUUUGCCGACGAAGAGAAGAAGCAACCCUACGAAAGGAUCAUCGUGGCCAUGAAGGAUUCCCAAGAAAAUGCCCCCCUAGCAGACAAAAUCCCCAGAGAUGUCUCAGUCGUCAGCAUUCCCAGCUCAAUUCACUCCCACAAACCCCCACUGAUGGACAUCUUCAAGCCCUACCUCCCACAGAAUCCCAAAUGCCUCGAACUCUUCGCCAGAUACCUCAAUCCAGGAUUCACAUCUGUUGGAUUGGAAGUACUCAAACUUCAACAUAUGUAAAAAAAACUUCGCAGUAAUGAAGCUGAAAUGGGAAUGUCAAACUCCUCGUUUUGAUAAAUUUUGCCCCAGUCUCCCUUAUCCUUCUUACUAGGCAGACUUAUUUUAUUAUAUCAGGCUAGGAAGGUACCGCAUGUGUGUAUAUAUAAAAAAUAUAGGCCACGCCUCUUUCGAAGAGUUGAAUUGAAAAUGUUAUUGAAGCAUCUAAAGGUAAAAAUGACUGAUCCGAUUGAUCAUUAUUCUUUGUGUAUUAUUAUAUAUACAUAAUAUUUAAAAUAAUCUUUCUAAUAGAAAAAUUGUAAAGCUACGCCCACGUGGAAAUUUUGGAAUAAUAAUACGAAACGAAUAUUAAAAAAAAUCGUGUACUUUUCAAAUAAAAUAUUGUUCUAGAAUCUAGAUCUAGAAAUUCAUUUAGAAUUUCACUAGUCUUUGAAUAAAGGUUUCGUAAAGGGCGUGGCCUGUAUUGGGAAGCUCUUCCAAACUCCUCAGUAAAUAAUAGAAAUUUCUCGCUCGAAAAGUGUUUUAUAGUCCCAUAUAGGAAAUAUUGAAUACUAAAAAACUGUUUUAUAAAAAAUAAAGACGAGGGCUUGGCCUAAAAUUCUGUAGAGGCGGAGCUUAUUCAAAAAGUCAAAUACUACUUUAUUUCUCCAAAAAAUCCCACUCAAGUAAUUUUUUGCCCAAGAAUUUUCCCAAAGACAAUCUCUUACCUUGAGACGAAGAUGCUGCUUCUCGAGCUUCUCCAGUGCUUUUACGUGUCCCGCACUCAAGUCCAUCACGUGAAUGUAGUCGCGAAUUCUUGAGAAAAAUAAAAUAAUCAGCAUGAUAAAAAUAAUUUGCGUAGGAGGUUAAACUUCUUACCCAGUUCCAUCGGGAGUGUCGUAAUCAUCGCCAAAGAUUGUGAGACACUCCUUCUUGCCGCUGGCCACUUGGCUGAUGUAGGGCAUGAGAUUGGUGAAUUGUUUGGUGGGAUCCUCUCCAAUGAGGCCCGAUUUGUGAGCUCCUACGGGAUUAAAGUACCUCAGAGCAAUGAUAUUCCAUUCUUCUUCGGCUACUGAGAUAUCCCUCAGCAUUUCCUCGAUGAAAAACUUUGUCCGUCCAUAGACAUUGGUCACUUUUCCGGUUUCCUUUUCCUCUGUGAUUGGCAACUCUUUUGGUUCGCCGUAGACGGUGCAUGAGCUGGAGAAGACCAAAUUGAAGACUUUGUACUUCUUCAUGAUCUCCAGCAAAUGGAUCAUGCCAAUGAGGUUGUUCUUGUAAUAGAGAAGAGGUUGCUGCAUUGAUUCCCCAACGGCCUUCAUGGCUGCAAAGUGGAUGACCGAAUCGAUUUUGUACUGAAAAGAUUCCACUAAUUUAGGGAUCGGUCUAAAAAGGUUAAACAUUUUAAAUAUAAAUAAAUUGCAUAAUUAAGACCCAGUUAGUUUAUUCUGACUGUUUUUGAAGACUGAUUUUGCAUUAAUUCACCGAUAAUUAAAUUAAUUACUUCAAUAAGAGUUUCCAAAAUAUAAGAGCGCGUGAAAAAAAAGUUCUUUGACCUUAGAAUUAAUUUGUUUGUUAUUUUUAAGGUUUAUUAAUAAGCUCAAAGGCUAUUUUUUUAAUGUACUUUUUUUAAUAAAUAAAAUUUGUUAGAUUUAUGACAA